CUCGCAGACUCUGAGACCCAAUCAGUGUGGCCCCGGGAGCGAAGGAGGUGAGACUUACGGCACCCUUUCCGUUACUCACCUCCGUCUUCUUCCGCCCACCGGUUUUUUUGACUCGUGAUCUCCAUCUCGUUGAUGUGAAAUUUAUAUUUAAGAAAAAUGAAAAGUGAAUAAAAAAAUAGAAAAGUUAGCAAAGACUUCGUGUGAAAUAAGAAAAGAAAAGAAUAUCGUAGUCUUGAUAUAUCCAUCCAAUUCAGUGUUUGAUUUUGUGUGAUUAAAUGGAAUAAGAAAAUAAAUAAUAAUAAUAGUUAUUGCUCUCGGAAGGAGAACAUGAUCUUACGUGUGAGAUUAUCCUCGGCAGGUGGGCGCCGCCCUCACCACCACCGCCCAAAUCCGCCCGCCCGCCACACGCUGCCGGUGCCGCCCCACCGCCGCCCACACUUGGAGUGACUUGAGAGGCCGUAUAACCUCCUGCCCAUCCCUCUAGUAUGGGAAUCGGGCGGGGGUGGGCGGGAAUCGUCUUUCUCCUUCUCCUCUUCUCUUGUGUGUCUAACGCGCCCGCUCCUAACCUUCCCAGACGCCCACAUUUCCGCCACUCCAAUGUCAGCCUCAGCCGAACGCCCCCCACAUCAUCAUCUACCCCUCGCCCGCGCCCACAACCCAAGAAUCACCCCUUCCACGCCAACAGGUCCACCACGCCCGUAGCUCACGGCGCCCAUGGCACUUCCUUGACCGCCCAUCACUCUCACAGUCCCCCACCCCCUUCCUCUCUGCCUCACCCUCGGUCCAACGUCCAGUACACCCUCGACCUCUUGACGUCUCCGGCCUCCGGCGAGGUCAACCUCGACGAGGAUGGCCUCAAGAUUACCUCCCACAUCACCGUCGAGGCUCAGCUCCUGCCGUGGAGCGUGGACACCAGCGUGAGUGGGCGGAGUGGGUGCAUUGAUGUGGGCGUGGCCAAGAGAGCCGCCCACUUGGCCCUCCAGAAGCAGCCGCCCCCGGCAGGGGUCUCUCUGGUCGUCGUUCCUCCUCCCUCAGGCAACCAGCCUAAAGCGGCCAUUGACUUGAUAUUCAAGCUUCCAAAGAAUAUGGUGCUCAUUCGAAAGAAGUAG